UUUAUUAGGAAGCUUAUGGAUCUCUUCAGGAUUUGUGAAGAUUUGGAUAACAUUGAUGGCCUUCACAUGGUUUUCAAAAUAGUCCGAGGAAUUAUUUUGCUGAAUAGCACGCAGAUCUAUGAUAGAAUUUUUGGUGAUGAAUACAUUAUGGAUAUAAUUGGAUGCCUUGAAUAUGAUCCUGAUGUACCUCAUGUUCAUCAUCGGAAUUUCCUUAAAGAGAAUGUGGUUUUUAAGGAGGCCAUACCUAUUAAGGAUCCAGUGGUUCUUUCAAAGAUUCAUCAGACGUACAGAGUUGGUUAUCUCAAGGAUGUCAUUCUGCCUAGAGUAUUGGAUGAGGCUACGGUUGCAAGCCUUAAUUCCAUAAUUCAUUCAAAUAAUGCAACUGUUGUCUCGUUGUUAAAGGAUGACAACACCUUCAUUCAAGAAUUAUUUGCAAGAUUGAAGUCAUCUUCAACUUCUGCAGAAUCUAAAAAAAAUUUGGUACUCUUCUUGCAUGAGUUUUGUUCCCUAAGUAAGAGCUUACAGAUGGUGCACCAACUUCGGCUAUAUCGGGAUCUGGUUAAUGAAGGCAUACUUGAGAUCAUAGCUGAUAUCCUGCAGAGUCAAGAUAAAAAGCUCAUAUUAACUGGGACAGACAUCCUCAUUCUUUUCUUAAAUCAGGAUCCAAACCUUUUGCGCUCUUAUGUAACUCGGCAGGAAGGGAUCCCUCUUUUUGGGCUUUUGGUGAAUGGUAUGCUUACAGAUUUUGGAGAUGACAUGCAUUGUCAAUUUCUUGAAAUUCUUCGUAAUCUUUUGGAUUCGUAUACAUCAGGAUCACAGAGAGAGUCUAUCAUCGACAUCUUCUAUGAGAAGCACUUGGGUCAUUUGAUUGAUGUCAUAACAUCCUCAUGCCCACCUAAUAGCGCUGCUCAAGCUGUCAGUAAAUCUGGGAGAUCAGAUGAAGAAAGUGGAAAUCAAAUUAGUGUCAAGCCAGAAAUAUUAUUAAACAUUUGUGAUCUGCUAUGCUUUUGCGUUUUGCACCACCCGUAUAGAAUAAAGUGUAACUUUCUUCUCAAUAGUGUGAUUGAUAAAGUUUUGCUUCUGACACACCGAAGAGAAAAGUACCUCGUAGUAGCUGCUGUUAGAUUUAUUAGAACUCUUAUUUCACGCAAUGACGAAAAUCUGUUGUCUCAUAUUGUGAAGAAUAACCUGUUGAAACCAAUUGUUGAUGCUUUUGUUAGUAAUGGCAGUCGUUAUAAUCUGCUCAAUUCUGCCGUUCUGGAACUUUUUGAGUAUAUCAGAAAGGAGAACCUGAAGACAUUGUUGAAGUACUUAGUUGAUUCUUUCUGGGAACAGUUAGCCCAAUUUGAUAAUUUGCCAUCAAUACGUUCGCUGAAGGUUAAAUAUGAACAGGCGCUUGAAAGUGCUGGAUUGAGAAGUAACACUAAUGUGUUAGACCCCAGAAAACGAAUUGACGAUCGUGCUCUUGAGAAGGAAGAGGAAGAUUAUUUCAAUGACGACAGUGAUGAAGAAGAUUCAGCAUCAGCAUCUAUGCCAAGUAGAAAGAGAGCACAAUCCCAACCCAAUUUGCCUAAUGGUUCUGCUACAACCUAUCCUUCUACGAGAUCUGGUGGGCUAGUUGACUAUGAUGAUGAUGAAGAUGAUGAAGAUUACAAACCACCAUCAAGAAAACGGGCAGAUAAUUCUGGUGAAGAUGAUGAAGUAGAAUCAUUCCGGUUGAAACGCAAAUUGGCUACCAAGGAUGAGCCUGAACCUAAAAAGCUGCAGCGAUCACAUAAAAGCUCAAAGCCAAAUGAAGGUGUAUUUGCUGCCUUGUGCUCGACCCUAAGUCAGGCUGUAUUACCCGGUAAGAAAACAAUCAGCACUGCUCCUGAUAUUCUCCGAACAGAUGGAGGCAAGAAUCCAGUUGAAACAAAUCAUGAAGAAAAGGGGGGGCAUAAAGGCUCUUCUGACCAGGGGAAGAGCUCAGAUGUGGACAAUCUUGCUGACCAAGAAGAAGUUUCUCCUAGGUGCUUUACAGAUGGCUUGUGUGGUUCUCCGGAUAACGGACAACAUGGAGAUGAUGGUCCAUUGAUACCGAAGGCAUCACCAGAGAUGGCUGUAAAUGGAUCUUGAAAUACAUCUUUUUGCUUCCUUUUGUGCUCACUGCCUACAUGAUUGGUGGAAUUGGCGCCAAUGGUCUAUUGGCUUUGGGCGUUCGACUAACAGACAGGAACCGGCGAAAACCAUUCCAUCAACACUCAAGAGAGGAUAUUGUACAGUGCCAUUAUUUAGGUGUUAAGAAAUCAUCCUUCUUUCCUAGUGUUUUUUCCUUUACAUUUUAUUUGACUUAUUGGUUCUUUUGUAAACAUUUGUUAGCUAUAGUUUUCCCUUGUUUUUAUUAUUUUUGGAAGCACAUAAUUUUGACUUUUUAUGCUUUUUAAUUAUGUAGCACUUAUAGGGCAAUAAAAUUGCCCUGCACGGGUGUCCCCUAAUCUUGCAAGAUACGGUAGGUGUAGGUGCACUCGAGAGAGGAUGGGUUAAAGCUAAUUUUUCAGUUUCACAUCCGUGUAAUAUGUAGUUUGCCGAAGUUCCCCCCUUUUUUUCUUGGGGAGGAAAUAGUUUUGUAUGAACUUGUACAUUAUAAUCUUUACUUGCUGGAAAAUUGAAAUAUUAGCUCCAAAAA